UCAAUCUGCUAGUACUGAAUCUGCUAGCGAAUUCUAGACCCAUUAAACCCGACGUCGGAUCUCAAGCUUAUCAAUUGGGCAGAUCUGCAGGCGCUGCAUGGACAAUAUUCCCGAAUCUUCUUCCAAAGGGGCGAAACGCCGGAGAGAGGAAGAAAGCGCUGGCACUGGCGCUGAUGAAACUCCAUCACUCGAGAACGAUCUUACAUUUAGUGAUACAAUGGUGGCGCUUCGAAUAAUGCGAGCUCAGUUUCCGCACGUUCAGCAGCUUUCGGUUAAGCCGUUUAUUCUGAAAUCACAAUUAUAUAGCAGUGUCAAGGACCGAACACAGGUGGAUAGGGAAUUAGAGUCUCUUAAGAGGGAUAAAGUUCUGCGUAUUUUCAAACUGAAUACUGGACAAGAUGACCAUGCGAUAAUGUUUUUGAAUGAUUACUUAAAUCAGAUAGAUCAUGUUGUUAAAAAAAUGGAUAACAAGAAGCAAGGGGAGCAUCAAGUUUUUGGGUGGUUCAAAACUCAUGUUCUUGAUUCGAAGCUUGAGCCUGGCAUUGAACAUCAGGAGCUUCACUCACUCUUGUCACUCGGCGGAAAGGUGAAGGACAGUGACAUAUCCCUUUUAAUUAAUGCAGGCGUCCUUACUCGGCAACUUAUCGAUCCUAACAUGUAUUGGUUUGCAAUUCCAAGUAUUGGCUCACUACUUAAAGGUCUUGCUCAGGGAAGAAAGGAAAUCAUGUCUCUUCUCAACCGUCGUAAAUAUAAAGAGAUGAUGUUAAGUUCUUUGGAAAAGAAGCGCCUUCGAAUGUCUCCACUUGAUAUGAGGUUUCAUCUUCGUGAUCUGAUUGGAUCUGGUCAACUUCAAACUAACUUGACGCCGACUGGUUUAGUUGUUCAAGUUUCAAAAGAUUAGGCAGGAAUGUCCUAAACAUAUUUGGACGCAUGGUAUGAUUUGGUGGCAUUUUUCCUUGCUAUCAAAUUAACAAGCUGGUUUAGUUAUUCGUGCCCUGGAUAAAAUUAGCCGAUUAGCUUAAAUUACUUAAAAGGCUGUCUUUUAUAUAACAGACAGUGUUAUCCACGUUGAUCAGGAGAACGAGUCAUUUGUUAUCCAGCCUGAUCAAGCGAACAAGUGAUGGAAUUCAGGCAAUCACACCAACCUUCUUCGACAAUCAACAUCGAUCAGGAGAAGCUCAUGUGAGUCUCUUCUUCAAUAGGUCUUUUAUGGUGCAGUAUCAUUUGUUUAGGCUUAGUUUCUUCUAUUAUGACCUUUCUUGGGGAAAUUAUGGUUGCGGUUCAUCAUCUGAUAGAUUGAUAUGUUUGUUAAAAACAAAAGCAUCUAUGCAUGAAUUAUUUAUUUUGUUCUAAGAUUUCAUCGUCCCUUAUUGGAUGAAUAAGUCAAAGUCAUCGAGUUCAAUUUUUAAUAUUACAAUAUAAAAUUUGUAAGAAAUCGUCUUAUUCAUAAAUCAUGAAUAGUAUCAUUCUUUUCUCA